AUGGGUUGUAUCUUUAUAACCUUGAAGGAGUUACUCCGUCGCCAGAUCACCACAGCUAUGCAGGAUCAAUCCGACAACAGGGCUUCAUGUGUUUCUACGUGCGGAAUUAAUGGUGUCGAAAUCGAGGGUUUUCCUAUGUUUCUUUACUCGGAUGUGAAGGGAAUACAGACAGGGGAUGAUGAUCUGUUAACAAUGGAAUGUAACAUAUGUUUGAAUGAGUUUGAAGACGAUGAGAUGCUUCGUCUACUUCCGAUUUGCGGUCAUAUGUUUCAUCCAGAUUGUAUCAACACUUGGUUGGCGUCCCAUGUUACCUGCCCGGUCUGUCGAGACAUUCUCGUGGUUCCAUGUCCUGGUCAAGACACAAACACCGCCCCUGUUACUGUUUUAAUUCAAUCUGGCCAUGACCCUGUUCCUGUUAGUGAACCAUGUUCUGAUAUUUCAGGUCAGACCUAG